AUGUCUACAGCCGCAGAAGAAGCUCCUUUAUUACCUCACGCAAAUGCGGCGUCACCGCGGACGACCAGGCCAUCCCGGUCGGUGACGUUUAACCCGCUGACGACAAUCAGUACCUACGGUGGUACGACCUCCUCCGAUCCUACCUUUCGCCCUCUUCAAACCGGCUCUCCUCCGGUUCAGAAUAUCAAUGCUACUGGAGGGGCUCCUCGACCGGGCAGCCAGCCCAUGCUCUCGGCCUUGAACAGCAAACUUCGUCGUCGCAAUAGUCAUGGCGCUCCCUUGACUACGCCGCCCCCGGCUGCCCCCAAGAUUGGACCACAGCGAACAACCAAGAAAGCACAGAAGCUCAAGCUCCUUCCAGACCCUGUUACGGCCGAAGAAGAGGAGGGCUUUGAUGGAGACUUUCCUCGAGACGUUUAUUCACAAAUUACCCGCAUCAAAGAACCUGCAGCUCGCAGCCAUGCAGCUCGACUGGGAAAAGCCGACCGCGACCGCAUUCCACGAGUCACCGCAUACUGUACGGCCAAUUCAUAUAGAUUGGAAGGCGUUGUCAAGUUUCUAAAAUCCCGCUCCAAAACUCGCGGAGCGAACCCGAAACUGUUCGACGAGUGUGUCUACUCCCCAUUUGAUUACCAGUACGAAGAGAAGCAAAAGGGAACCCGAUUUUUCCCCAGUGCUGGAGGCAAUGGACACCAUGAGCGACGAGCUAGCGAGCGGAGAUACUCAGAUAGUGUGGUGGAAGUGGAGGACAACACAAAAUCCCGACGAGAAGAUCUCAUCGACUUCCACGAGGAAGCUGGCCGUUCCGGUGAUGUCAGUUCCGAACAUGCAGUCUCCACUCCACAAUCAGACGAGGCCUUUGAGAUCGACACCACCAUUCAUACUCCCGAAGUCUUCCUGUUUGACUAUGGAACCGUGGUGAUAUGGGGCAUGACCCCAGCACACGAAUCCCGCUUCUUGUCUGAUAUAUCCAAGUUUGCAUCCUCAAUAUUGAGUCCCGACGAUACCCAGAUCGAGAAUUUCAACUUUUACUAUGCGCGAGAGUACCAGGCGAGGAUAUACAACGAUUUCAUCUCCUUGCGGGAACCACGAAACCACAUGAUCAAGCUGGCUAUCUCGCAUGCGCUAGCUCAGUCGGUGAAGACCUCACUCUUUGAGGACCUGCUGUCAGAGACCAUCUCGGACACCGCACCGCUACCGGCUCAGAUUGCACAGACUGGUAGUGUAAAUCUCACACGUCGGCAGAUUAACAUGCAAAUUGGCGAGUUGUUCAUUCUGCGAAUCAAUAUCCACUUGCAAGGAUCUGUCCUGGAUAGUCCUGAACUUUUCUGGGCCGAGCCGCAGCUUGAACCCGUCUACCAGGCAGUCCGGAGCUAUUUGGAAAUGGACCAGCGAGUCAGUCUGCUUACUGAGCGAUUGGAUGUCAUUGCAGAUCUUUUGGCUGUGCUCAAGGAUCAAUUGACGCAUCGUCAUGGUGAAUAUCUUGAAUGGAUUGCCGAAAUCCUGGUGGCGGGCAUCAAUAUUGUCGUCGACUUGUAUGCAGGUGUCGAUUAA